AGUCAAAGUGAAAGUAAAAACUCCAUUUUAUGAAGAGAGGAAGUAAAACGUUUCGAGGAGAAAAACACAGUGUACAGGUUACUCUGUAGGAGUAGAAAUUUCCUCCAGAAUGAGUGAGUCUGUGAAACAAGACAUAAAGAAAGAUAAGAGUCUGAUUCAGGGUAAGAGAUCAGACUCACCUGAACCCAGCUGUGUGUCCAUGAAGAGUGAACAGUCAAUGGGACCUCCGAUAAACUUUAAAGACACAGACUGUACUACUGAUCUGAGAUUAUUAAAGAAUAAGAGAUCAGACUCACCUGAACCCAGCUGUGUGUCCAUGAAGAGUGAACAGUCAAUGGGUCGUCCAAUAAACUUUAAAGACACAGACUGUACUACUGAUCUGAGACUGCAGAAGAAGAAAUCAAAGAUCACUGAGAAGAGUCAUUUAGAGGCCAUAUUCAAGGAUGUGGAGCACAAAGUCAUCACUCUGCUACAGAAUGAACUGAAGAGAUAUAAGAAGCUCCUGGGUCCAGAUUACCCAGCAUGCUCUGAGAGGGAGGUGGAGGAUGAGGAGGAUCAGAGCAGUGUCAGAGAGGGAGUGCUGAAGAUCACACUGCACUUCCUGAAGAACAUGAAGCACACAGAUCUCGCCAACACACUGCAGAACAAACUCGUCUCUGUGCACCAGCGAAAACUCAAAUCCAAACUGAGAGAGAAAUGUAAAGAAUCUGAAGGAAUCUCACAGCAUGGAAGCUCAGCACUUCUGAAUGAGAUCUACACAGACCUCUACAUCACAGAGGGUUGGAGUGGAGACGUCAAUAAUGAACAUGAGGUGAGACAGAUUGAGACAGUGUCCAGGAGACCAGCAACACAGGAGACACCCAUCAAAUGUAAUGAUCUCUUUAAAGACAAGUCCAUCAGAAGUGUGCUGACUAAAGGAGUUGCUGGAAUUGGAAAAACAGUCUCUGUGCAGAAGUUCAUUCUGGACUGGGCUGAAGGAAAAGCAAAUCAGGACGUCACCUUCAUGUUUCCACUUCCCUUUAGAGAGCUGAAUCUGAUGAAGCAGAAACAUCUCAGUCUGAUGGAUCUUCUUCAUCACUUUUUCCCAGAAAUAAAAGAAUUACGAUUAAUAGACUGUGAGAGGAAUAAAGUGGUGUUGAUCUUUGAUGGUCUGGAUGAGUGUCGACUUCCUCUAAAUUUCCAGAACAAUGAGAGAUUGUGUGAUGUGACAGAAUCAGCCUCAGUGGAUGUGCUGCUGACGAACCUCAUCAAGGGAUCUGCUUCCUCUGCUCUCCUCUGGAUCACCUCUCGACCAGGAGCAGCCAAUCAGAUCCCUCCUGAAUGUGUAGACCAGGUAACAGAGGUACGAGGGUUCAGUGAUCCUCAGAAAGAGGAGUACUUCAGGAAGAGGAUCAGUGAUCAGAGCCUGGCCAAUAAAAUCAUCACACACAUGAAGUCUUCCAGAAGCCUCUACAUCAUGUGUCACAUCCCAGUCUUCUGCUGGAUCUCAGCCACUGUUCUAGAGAGAAUGUUGGGUGAAGCAGAGAGUGGAGAGAUCCCCAAGACUCUGACUCAAAUGUUCACACACUUCCUGAUCUUUCAGAUCAAACACAAGCACCAAAAGUACCAUCAGAAAUGUGACCCUGAUCCUCAGCAGACCAGAGAGAGUAUCCUGGCACUGGGAAAACUGGCUUUCCAACAGCUGGAGAAAGGAAACCUGAUCUUCUAUGAAGAAGACCUGAGAGAGUGUGGCAUUGAUGUCAGAGAAGCGUCAGUGUACUCAGGAGUGUGUACUCAGAUCUUCAGAGAGGAGUUUGGGCUUCACCUGGGGAAGGUGUUCAGCUUUGUACAUCUGAGUGUUCAGGAGUUUCUGGCUGCUUUAUACACAUUUCUCUCAUUUAUAAAUAAAAAGAGUAAAAAAACACAAAUCAACAAUCUUUCAGAUCUUUUUACAAAAUCAAACAUGUCUGAUUUCCUGAGGAGUGCAGUGGACAAGACCUUACAGAGUGAGAAUGGACACCUGGACCUGUUCCUCCGCUUCCUUCUGGGUCUCUCACUGGAGUCCAAUCAGACUCUCUUACAAGACCUACUGCCCCAGACAGGAAGUAGCUCUCACAGCAAACAGGAAACAGUCGAGUACAUCAAGGAGAAGAUCAGAGAAAAUCCAUCUCCAGAGAAAUCCAUCAAUCUGUUCCACUGUCUGAAUGAACUGAAUGAUGAUUCUCUAGUACAGGAAGUACAACGUUACCUGAACAGCAGUAAUUCCAGGUGUCUCAGUGGAGUCAGACUCUCUCCUGCUCAGUGGUCUGCUCUGGUGUUUGUGUUGCUGAACUCAGAAGAGAAUCUGGAUGUGUUUGAUUUGAGUAAAUAUGACAGAUCAGAUGAAUGUCUUCUGAGGCUGCUGCCAGUGGUCAAAGCAUCCAGAAAAGCUGAGUUGUGUUGGUGUAAUCUCACAGGUGAAAGCUGUAGAAUUCUGUCCUCAGUUCUCAGUUCAAACUCCUCCAGUCUGAGAGAACUGGACCUGAGUGAGAAUAAACUGCAGGAUUUAGGAGUGAAGCUGCUCUCUGCUGGACUGGAGAAUCCACACUGUACACUGGAGAUACUGAGGUUGUGUGAGUGUAAUCUCACAGAGGAAAGUUGUAGAAUUCUGUUCUCAGUUCUCAGUUCAAACUCCUCCAGUCUGAGAGAACUGGACCUGAGUGAGAAUAAACUGCAGGAUUCAGGAGUGAAGCUGCUCUCUGCUGGACUGGAGAAUCCACACUGUACACUGGAGAUACUGAGGCUGCAUUACUGUACUCUCACAGAGGAAAGCUGUAGAAUUCUGUCCUCAGUUCUCAGUUCAAACUCCUCCAGUCUGAGAGAACUGAACCUGAGUGUGAAUAACCUGCAGGAUUCAGGAGUGAAGCUGCUCUCUGCUGGACUGGAGAAUCCACACUGUACACUGGAGAUACUGAGGCUGGAAUGGUGCAGUAUUACAGGUGAAGGUUGUGCUGCUCUGGUUUCAGCUCUGAGGUCAAACACCUCAUCACACCUGAGAGAACUGCAUCUGAACUACAAUGAACCAGGAGACUCAGGAGUGAAGCUGCUCUCUGAUCUACUGAAGGAUCCACACUGUAAACUGGAGACACUACAGUUCUGAUCUGAGUCUCACACACAGAGGAUUAUGAGCAGAAACUCUUACAAAAACACAAACAUGAUCAACAUAUAAUGUAUUUUAUUAUAAUUGUGAUUGAUAUACUGUAUGGAGUAAAAAUAUAACUGAAUCAGAGUACAGACUGAGCAAAGUCUUUAUACUGAUACAAAAGUCUAGUUUGGUUAAUUAUGUAAAUAUUUGCAAUAAAUCGUUUAUUUUGUACUUUUAUUAUUAUAUAUAUUUUAUCAUUAUAUCAGAUUUGCAUUCAUACACAAAAAAAGUUUAUAUUAUUCCAUCAGAACUGUCUUAUUAUAUGUAUCAGUGUAACAGUGCUGUUGUAUCUAAAUGAAUUUUAAUUACAAAGCAUUUGAUUAGCAAGUAAAAUCCACUCUUCACCCCGUACACAGCUCACAUCAUCAUAAACAGUUAAAAGAAACCAUAUGGCAGUUGUGAACAUUUAUGUGCGUGUGUCCGAGUCAGUACGAGCACAAACUGCUGGAAAAGUUCAAACUGUCUCUGAUGGAAUGAAGACAGAACACAAAGUGCAUCACAGCUUGCUGUGUUUGGAGCUGAUUAGCUGCAGAGCAGUCAGAGGGUCCAUGCAGACCCUGUACACCACCCAAAGCUCCUGUACUGGACAAAUGGACAGAAACCUACAGGGGUUACCUACAAAUGUACAGGGGUUUGGAAUCAUCUCAGUUAAGCUUCAUAACAUACAUUACAAUCAGAUGAAUAGUUAUAUAACGGUUGAAACAUUAACUUUAUAAAUGUCCCUACUGUUAAUCUGAUCUGUGUGAUGUUCAUUAAAUAAACACUCUGAUCAGAAACAUG